UGGUCACGAACGGUCGUAUCCAAUAUAUAGUUGAAAGUUUUUAAUUUUAAAUACAAUAAAUAUCAAGAAAUUACAAGACACUCAUGUGAUGUGGUCACAUUUGAAACGUAAAAAUUAAUAGACGGAAAUACCGAUAUGAUGUCGAGUCAGGUUUUAUUGACGAUUUUCCUCUUCAUUAUUGUCAAAGGAAUUACUUGUCUAAAAGAGGGCGAAUCAUGUUAUGACAACAACAGUAACUUUUGGGGCCGCUGCAAGCAUUCUUAUGAUUGUCCUUCCGCUAAUAGGAAUUACGCUGAUAAAGGAGUACGACCUAUCUUCUGUGAAUAUUCUAUAAGAAGAAUCUUAGUCUGCUGCGAAGAAGAGAGACUGCAAAUUUCUAAGAAGAGAAUCAGCGAAAAAAAAUGCGAAGAAUACAGCGAAGAUGUAACAGAGAAAGUGGAGUUUAUAGCACUUGUGCUAGAACCGGAGACAAUGACUAUAUCUGAUGUCAACUGCAACUACACUGGCGUUGAACUAAUUGUGGGCGGAGAGAACGCGCUGCAAGGGGAAUUCCCGCAUAUGGCGGCUAUAGGCUGGGAGUUCGGGGGUAGUACAUCAUUCAGUUGUGGAGGUAGUCUCAUCAGCAGGAAGUUUGUGAUGACAGCGGGGCAUUGUAUCAAACGGCCCAGGUUCGGGGAACCAACAAUUGUUAGAUUGGGCGAACAGAACUUAGACCCGAGUGUUAAAGAUGGGGCUAGUCCUGUUGAUGUUCGUAUCAAACGUAUCCACAAACAUCCAGACUACAAACCACCACAGCGAUACAAUGAUAUCGCACUUUUAGAAUUAGAGGAAGCAGUUAAGUUCAACAAUAACGUGAGACCUGCCUGUCUCUGGCCUAAGUCUGACUUCGGGUCGUAUCAGAAGGGGAUAGCUACAGGAUGGGGUGUUAUAGAUCCAGAUACACAACAGACAUCAAAUGAGUUACAAAAAGUAUCACUCUCUCUAUUAACUAACAGAUAUUGCAAACCGUUGCUUAAACCAAAUCGUUACUGGGACGGUUUCGUCGACUCUCAGAUGUGCGCCGGAGAGUUACGUGGAGGAAAAGAUACUUGUCAGGGUGAUUCUGGGUCUCCCCUUCAGGUGGUUUCCAGUGACAACCAGUGUAUAUAUUAUGUAGUUGGUGUGACCUCAUUUGGUGGUAAAUGUGCUAAAAGUGGACAGCCAGCGGUCUAUACUCGUGUAUCUAGCUAUUUAGACUGGAUCGAAAGUAUUGUAUGGCCUGGAGAGUGAUUGUUGGUGUUUUUUUUUUAAUAAUUUUUUUUGUAUUGU